CACCGUCAUGAGCAAAAUGAAAGUGAUGUCUAGUCUGGCUAGUGGCGAAGCGCAGUUCCACAACUCCUCCGUAUUGAGCUCGUAGCCUACAGGAUGAGCCCUGGUAUCAAGGAGGAGACCAAUGGCCUUAGUCUUCCCGAAGCCUACAAGGCCAGCUUGGAUCAGCACAUCGAGCAGGGCGGCUGGAGCCUGGUGUGUAGAGAUGAGGAGUUGUGUAAGCACGUUGAGGAGAUACUUGGAGGUCAGGGCGCCCAGGAGUCCUACCUCAACCUCACCCACGGCGUGGACAUCCUCUCGGUCAUGGAGGAGUCGCUAUGUUGUCACAUCACCGUGAAGGCAGGACUGAAGGGAUUGGCCAAAGCAUUUGAGGUGUUGGAAUUGGCCUCUCUUAACCUUUACCUCUAUCCUUGGAGAAAGGAGUAUAAAGUCAUCAAGACCUACUCCGGCGUCUUCACGCACCAGGUGAAGCCGGCGCUGUCCCCGGUGCAGGUGGAGGAGCUGUUUGGGUUGCUAGGCUACCGUGUGUCGCUAGGCAACGGCGUGGAGGAGGAGCUGAGGCUGGGCCCCUCCCCUGCGCUGGCCGAGGACCUGCUGCAGCUGGCCUGCUGUUUCUUCAUUGGCCGCUGCGAGUGCCAGCUGCUGCUCUCCGCCCUGGAGCCGCUGCGUCCAACGCCGCCAUCAUCAUCAUCAGCAGCAGCGCUGACCCGGGGGGCCAGGUCACCGGCGUCAAGGUUGUUGCCACAGGGGGGGUCAGCAGGCCGGGGGUCGGCGGGGGCGACCGAGUGGGAGCUGCGGCUGGUGCAGGAGCGUCGCCGUGGCAACAGCCUACAGGGGGCGCUGCAGAGUGUGCAGCGGAGUUUAGGAGCCGCCGCCGCCGCCAUCGCUGCCUCCUCUUCCUCCUCCUCCUCUCCCAACGCUGUGCACCCCAGCAGCAGGGAGGUUGGCUGCGACUCGACAGAAGUGGAUGAAGAUUUGUACACGGGAGAGGAAGGUGAUGGUAACGGGCUUGGUGGCAGUCUUAUAGACAUGGCAAUGCCACUACAGGCACAGAACCACCUCCACCACCACCACCACCACCAGCAGCCACCUCCGCAGCACCGACCUCUCAAGCAGGUCCACAGCAGCCCAGCUGUAGCCACUGGAGCAGCAGCAGCAGCAGCAGCAGCGCUAUUGGUACCACCCGUCUCCUCGCCCUCUCACUCUCCCUCUCCCUCAUCACCGCGCUGCGUCUCCACCUUCAGCUACCGCCUCUCCUCCCCAUCCUCUCCAGGUGGUGGGGGGGCGGGGAGAGCGGAGCCAACGGCCAGGCCGCUGGAGGAGGAGCAGCGCCCCUUUCAGGUGACCGGCGGUAGUGGCCCCUCCCCUGGCUGCGGCGAUGAUGACGUCGGGUGCGCCUGUGCCAAGUAUGGCGACCAGUGCAACUACAUGUGCCACCAGUGCGAUAUGCUGCACUGCCUCUCCUGCCCCGUGCUCGACUGCUGUAGAGAUCUAGACGGGCACAGGGUGACCUACGUCAGCGGUGCCUCCCUUUCUCCCGAGCCGUCUGCCGUGACUGAGGUGAAGAGAGUCACGACGACCGCCAAGGACAAGGACAAGCAGCGUCCGUCCUCGCCUCCUCCCCACACCACCUGGAGUCAGAGUCAGCCGCCCGGCUUCGCGGAGCGCCACUCGUGCCUGAAGCCCGGAGACAAGCCGCUGCUCACCUGCCACACCUGCCGUAGAGCCCACGACUACCUGUGCGAGGACGGGCAGCGCUGUACGCAGGCCGACCACCAGGUGGCGUAUCACCUGGAGCCCAGCCACUCCAUCCCGUUCCACCCGUGCUGCACUCACUCGCCACCGCAGUUCGCCUGCCUCACGUGCCGCGUCUUCCACUCCGCCUCCUGCCCCGGCGGAGACACCUGCAGGGUACUCAAACACAGCACCAGGGAGCUGAGGGGCGCCUGCGAGUUUUCGGGGUGCCCCUCCGCUCCGCAUAUCUUGUGCAAGCACUGCUGCGCCCAGUUCUGCAGGGCCUGCUGGUACAAAAGCCCUCUGACAUGUCUGUGUGGGAUGCCCUACGAUGUGUGCGGCUCUUCAGUCUGAGCAGACUCUUUAAAGUGGCCGUGUCAAGAGUUCUUGUGCUGUUCUAGGGAGUGUGUGUGUGUGUGUGUGUUCGGCCAAAGCUGAAAUGGUCACUCGACCACUAAAGUUAAGCACUAUGUAUGGUUCAUCAAGUGUAACUUGUGUAAAAGUAUAACUAAGAGGACGUUUUGAGCAAAGCCUCUUGAAGACGGAGCCUUUCCAGUUAUACCUGGCAGCUCUCAGAAAUGCCACGUUUACAGUUUAAGUAUAGUUAUAAUUGUAUACAUUUUCAUGGACCCAUAUAAGCCAAAGAAAUACUAACUUUUGUUAAGGUGAAUGCUCAUCUAUUUUCUUUCUGCACAUUUAUGAAUGUGUUAUGCAGGACUUAUUCCCUUGACGAUCACUGAGAACAGUUAACGACUCGUACGAUUCUGCACGGUCAGAAACAGUUGUGACUACCGUUGAAAAGGGAAGUAAGAUCAAGAGUGGUUCAUGCCAUAUGUCUCAUCCUACAACAGGAAUAAAUGAAUGCCUGUAUUUGUUUUCUGUGCUUAUAGAAGGGAUACAGCCUGGUUCGUCUGGAAAUGUAAGCAAAAUAAAAGUCCUAAAACUCUAA